CACCACCUGACGUCAUGGACUGGACAGCGACUCGCACUGGACCCAAACACACGCCGCGGUGGUCGCGCGGGCGGGGUGGGUCCGGCGCGCUUAAAGCGCACACUUGCAGUCAGUCUUGGGCUGUCACGGGGAGAGCACUCGGCACAGCGAAGACGUCGUCGUCGUCAUCAUCCCUCCCAAGUCGUCGUCUUGUCCGAUCAGCUGUUCGUCCGUCAAAGUCGCCAUGUCGUUGUCCAAGGUGGCCCGGACGUCCGGACUCUCUCCCGGGACGACUGACAUCGCCGCGAAGCAGCAGUUGCGGACACGGCCGGCGGGCUUGCUGCCGGCGCUGCCCCCCGACGCGCUGCUCCACGUGCUGUCCCUCCUGGAGCCCGCCGAUGUGGCGGCCGCGGCCGAGGCCUUCCCGGAGGAGGUGGGCGCGGUGACCCGGGCCGACUGGGCGUGGGGGCCGCUGUGGCGUGGCAAGCGCUUCCAGGCGGAGGACGUCGACGAGGUGCUGGCCGUGGUGCGCGCCGCGCCGCCCUGCGACAAGGCGGUCCUCUACGUGGGCUGGCCGCUCCCGGCCGUGGACACCACCAACAAAACUACGGGCAUCGUCUCGCUCGUCUUCGGUGCUGCCAACAGGAGGGUGACAGUUUUGUGUGAUCUCCGAGCGAAUCUGGAGAGAAUCCUCGGGGAGCUCAGCCUGCGGGCGAGGGAGACGACGGUCUGCCCUUACGAACCUCUGCCGCGGCAGUUGGCACUAGAGCGGCCCAUCCUGCGCCCAGAUGGAUACCUGGAGGCGGCAAGGCUGUUCUGGAACAGAUCCUACAUGGCGGCAGCUAUAGCAGAGAGCGGCGCCGGCGGCCUCGGCCACGCCUGCCGCACGCAGUUGGACUGGGUGCAGCUGAGGCCCUCCGCGCUCUGGACCGUCCUGAGCGCGAGCGCGGGCGCGCCGCACGACCCGAUCCGCGCCCUGCUGCGCUCGGCCGUCCUGCGCUACGACCCGAGGGUGGCGGCGGCCAUCGAGGGGCGCCCCUUUACCCGCAGAGCCGCGCGAGGCCUGCGGUGCCUGGACGGGGUAGACUCUCCGUGGAAACUCGACAUGUGCUUCCCGAGGAGCAGGUCCGCUGCCUCUGCCGAUUCUCUGAUGUUGACGGACGAUGAGGUGGUGGAGGUGACGACGGCCAGGAAGUCGUUGGACUACGACGCCCUCAACAACAACAAGAGCGCCUUACUCCAGGCAGGCCGCUCCCCGCUUUCGCGUCAGGACUCGUCCUCGGACGAGGAGUUCCUGUACCUCGUGCUGACGUGCUGCGACUGCAAGGACCUGUUCCCGACCAGCUACCAGCUGUUGCUGCACCGCCUGGACGCGCACUCGGACCGGCGCGCCUACCAGUGCCCGGCCUGCAUGGCCACCUUCAAGAGGCCCGACCUGCUCGCCGAGCACCGCGCCACGCACACCGAGAGCCAGCCGCACGCGUGCGAGCACUGCGGCGCCCGCUUCACCCUCAAGUCACACGUCAAGGCGCACAGCCGGGCCAUGCACCCGGAGCACCACCAGCCGCAGCAGCACCAGUGUUCGGCGUGCUCGGGGGUGUUCCAGUCGGCCGCGGGACUAGCGAGCCACAUGAGGUGCCAUGCGGAAGCGGGACUGAGGGGGACGCCAAAGCCAUUCGUUUGUAAGAAGUGUGACUGCAGAUUCAAACAGCGCUCCAACUUGAACAGCCACACUAGAAGAAGCCACCCAAUUGCCGUUGAAAGUACUGGUGCCAAGGAAUAAAGCACGGACGAGUAUUAGAUCUCUAAAGAGGGGCAGAUUAUAUUUACUUGUUUCAUUCUAUAUGGCUAUAAUUACAAAUGUACUGCCUUCUUGCUUCCUGCUAUCAAAUUGUAGCUGCAAUCUCAGACACGGAACAGGAAUGCUAAAUGUAUGAAUGGGAUUAUUAUCCAAUGAAUUUUGUAAUUAUAAUUUUUUACCUGUAUCGCUGGCCACUUCAAUGGGAUGGGGGAGAUGGAGGACUGCUAAGUUUGUAAAACAAUGAUUCUCGUAAUAAUUAUGACUUUUACUACAGGGCGGAAAUUUUAUUUACAAUCAAGUUUUUGCACAUAAAAUACAUUCUAAGUGGCUUAACAAUGAUGUCAGAAUAGAUCAAUAUCAAUGAUGGUGACAGUUAAAUUCAAUAUGACAGUAGACAUGUUCCAUAGAGUAAAUUUAGCUAAGCUUCUUCAUAAAGUGACUGUAAGGAAUUCUGUGAUUUCUACUUUAAAAAAAGUAUUGUAGCUUGCUCAUGCAAUAAUAAGCAUACAUUAUAAUGAGGUGUCACAAGAAAUUCCUGUAGAGAUCAGAAUAUGAAAGUAGAAGAACCAAUAAAGGGAUUGCUGCUAACAUGCAAAGAGCUGGUCAAUAAAAUGUUAAUUAUUAUCCAA